AUGGGCAAGAGCAAACUGGCUAGCAGGUCCUUCCAUGCUUCUUCAUCAACUCAACAGCUUCAAGAUAAAAGCGAUCACCUGGCGCGAGUACGCGAGAAUCAGCGCAACAGCAGAGCCCGGAAGCAAGAAUAUUUGCAAGAGCUGGAGCAAAAAUUAGCGACGUACCAGACCGAGGAUCGUCGCAAGGACAUCGAACACCGACUCGCUUUGCAGAAAAUGGAAGCUGAGAACCGACAUCUGAAAACAUUGUUGAAUUUAUUGGGUAUCUCAACAGAACUACUCCAGCAAUACGUGCAGCUAGCCGAGCAAGGCGAAUCUGUUGACAAAAAAGUGGCUAUUCCUGCGAUGCACAAGCACGUGGAAACAUCUUCUAUGCAACCAGUCAAAGAGAAGCUCGUGCCUUCUAAAUCAAACCCCAUCGUACCCGGCACGAUGGCCAAGAAGAACCCAGAAAAAACGACACAGUCAGCCGAUAAGACCUGGAAAGCUUCGGACCCGCCAUUAUGCAAAUGCUCUCCUGGCCAAAAAACCCUGGCAUCUGGCCCUGUUGAUGGCGAUGUGCUCAAUACUACUAUGCGCGAUCGCAGAGGAGCUGAUGAAUCAAUACAAUACUCGUGGAACAGACUUGGAGGAAAUCAGACAAAGACUAUGGUCUGGACUCCAAUCAGGUGUUUCAGGCGAUGGUUGUCGGGUGCAGAACAAUAUUCUCUUUGA